AUGAGCAGUUCUACCGAUCAAAAGAGCAAGAAAGAAGAAGAACAACCAAUGAUCUCAAAGCCCAUGAGAUUGAUUCUCUUACAAAAGGGUAAUCAUGUCUUAAGCUCACUCUUCUUUAUCAUCGGUUUCUCAAUCGGUCUCUUCCUUUGUCUGCAACUAAAAACAUUCCACAUGUCUACGACGAAGACACAACAACAACCCUUAUGGUCCUCAUUACUAUUCAUCAACCACACAACAACGGUGGAGAUCAAUCAAGAGUUACAACCACAAGUUCUUCAACACAACAUGAGUGAUCAAGAGCUCUUCACAAGGGUCAUGUCAUUAUCAUUACCAUCAUCAUCAUCAUCACCAUCAUCGUCAUGGUUUGGGAGGAGACAUAAUAAUGAGGAGAAGAUGGUGGUGAAGGUGGCCUUCAUGUUCUUGACAGGUGGCGGGCUCCCAUUGGCUGCUUUGUGGGAGAAGUUCUUUGAAGGACACAAAGGGUUUUAUUCCAUAUACGUUCAUACCAAUCCAUCUUUUCAAGAACAUUACCCCGAAACUUCCGUCUUCUACUCAAGAAGAAUCCCUAGCCAGGCGGUGUAUUGGGGAACAUCAACAAUGGUAGACGCAGAGAGAAGACUAUUAGGCAACGCACUCCUCGACGAAUCAAAUCAAAGAUUCGUCCUCUUGUCCGAUUCUUGCAUCCCACUCUUUAAUUUUACAACCAUCUAUGAUUACUUAACCGGCACCAAUCUCAGCUUCAUUGGCUCAUUCGACGAUCCAAGAAAAUCAGGCCGAGGCCGCUACAACCCCAAAAUGUACCCACAAAUCAACAUCACACACUGGCGAAAAGGAUCACAAUGGUUUGAAACAACUCGCGAGCUUGCUCUUCAUAUUAUCGCAGACACGGUUUAUUACAAGAUAUUCGAUCAACAUUGCAAACCGCCUUGUUACAUGGACGAACAUUAUAUCCCGACUCUCGUUCACAUGUUGCAUGGAGAGAUGAGCUCGAACCGGACCUUGACGUGGGUCGAUUGGUCCAAAGUCGGUCCACAUCCUGGCCGGUUUAUUUGGCCUGAUGUGACCGAUGAGUUUCUUAAUCGGAUUCGGUUUACAGAGGAGUGUGCGUAUUAUGGUCGUGAUGGUGUAAAUGUUACAACUUCGAAAUGUUUUUUAUUUGCCAGAAAAUUUACAGCCGAGACUUUAGAACCCUUGUUAAGAAUAUCACCUUUAGUUCUUGGGUUUGGUCCGUAA